AGGAAGCAGUUCUCAUAUCUUCUAGGUGUGGAUUGUAGCUUGUUUUUACUAUGGCCCCAUUACAGGACCAGUAACAAGGGCUGCUGUGAGAUCAAAUGGGCACUUUCGAGCAGAAUGUAUCAUCUGCAACAACGCAGCACUGAGAUGAGAUGGACGUGCAUGCAUGCAGCUGCAGGCACAAAUGCAUCGGGAUCUCUCAUGCGAGCGGCUGCCUGCAGUGGGAUGGCUGAUUGAGCGCUUGUGUGACUGUGUGUGAGAGCGUGUUUUAAUUCAGCCUCACAAAGCCUCUUCCAAGGAGAGGCUUCUGAAUUCAUCACACAACGGCAAGAUCUCUGCUCUAGUAUCUGACAAUGUUUCGCAAAAAGAAAAAGAAGAGGCCAGAAAUUUCAGCACCGAAGAACUUUGAGCAUCGUGUUCACACAUCUUUUGAUGCAAAGCAUGGAGUCUUCGUCGGCCUUCCUACACAAUGGCAGAGUUUAAUCGAGAACCUACGCAGACCCAAACCGAUGGUGGACCCGUCCAGAAUAACACCAGUGGAGCUCAAACCAAAGAAGACCAUCGUGCGAGGGAGUAUGAUUGGCCACGGAGACUACAUCUCAGCCAUGCUGUCAGACAUGAACCGUCUGUCGGUCACCAGCUCCAACUCUCUGCGCAAGAGCAGCCCGUCGGCGCGCAAGAGAGCGCAGUCGCUCGGCCGCCUCGGGGAGGUGAGCGAGGGCGACACCUACCAGUAUGAAGGACUGGAGCCAUCUCAGGAUGAACUGGAUGCUCACUGGGGCGACAAAUCACGGAACAUCCACAGCGAAACCGGUACGCCAUACAUGGGUCUAAAGAAAAGCAUCACGCUGCAGCCCAAUGGCGUGCUGCCUAGAGCAAAGUCAACCUAUGAAGUCAGCAUGAGCUCUUUGGGGGGGCCUCCACCUCCUCCGGUCCUAUCCGCACCUCCUCCACCCCCCAUCCCAGUCCCAGAGCCCCCCAGAACUAUAUAUAUGGGUGGAGAUGUUGGGAGUCCAACAGAGAGAUUCAUGAUGAGGAGAGAGUUUCCCAUUGUGUUCGCACACAACCAGAAACCCAUUACCUGUUUCUACAGUCCCAUGAUGCCCAUGCAACCACCUCAUGGGGAUAGCGGGGGUCUCACUACUGAUAUGAGGACUGCAAACCGACUACUGGUACACCCGCAAAACAGUCCUGGGAGACCGUACUCCUCAUAUGACCUUAAGGCAGACACUUUAAGGCACCAGCCAGGCUAUGUGCACAGCGGUACCAGCAGUCCGCUCGUGAGCGGCACCAGGCCACACAAAACUGUCCAUGCUUCUUCUAGCUACACUACUGGACUUUCACCCAACAUCAGUUAUCGACCCACCGGCCCUGACCCCUUUAUGAGACACUCUGGCUGCCCAAACCCAGGACUGUACCCCAGACAGGACAGCCCAUCUCAACCCAGACCCUCACCCACCGGUUCACUGGCCAACAGCCCCCCGGGAACCUGUUCCCCUGCGUUCAGACCCCCCCAGCACCCCUCGCCACGACCCCCGCCCGACCCACCCAAAGUGACCCAUGAGCAGUUCAAGGCAGCUCUGCUGAUGGUGGUGGAUAAAGGAGACCCGCGGUCGUACCUGGAGAACUUUGUGAAGAUCGGAGAAGGUUCCACAGGUGUGGUGUGCAUCGCCCGCGAGAAACACAGCGGACGGGUGGUGGCGGUCAAGAUGAUGGAUUUGAGGAGACAGCAGCGGCGAGAACUUCUCUUCAAUGAGGUAGUAAUCAUGAGAGACUAUCAGCAUAGGAAUGUGGUGGAGAUGUUCAAGAGUGCUCUUGUGGAGGAGGAACUCUGGGUAAUCAUGGAAUAUCUUCAGGGAGGAGCUUUAACCAACAUUGUGUCCGAAACCAGGUUGAGCGAGGAGCAGAUUGCUACAGUGUGUGAAGCCGUGCUGCAGGCGCUUGCAUAUCUCCACUCACAAGGUGUCAUACACCGAGACAUCAAGAGUGACUCUAUCCUGCUCUCACUGGACGGCAGAAUCAAGCUGUCAGACUUUGGAUUUUGUGCCCAGAUCAGUAAAGAUAUUCCAAAGAGGAAGUCUUUAGUGGGCACUCCAUACUGGAUGGCUCCAGAGGUCAUCUCAAAGUCACCUUACGGCACUGAGGUGGAUAUUUGGUCUUUGGGAAUCAUGGUGGUGGAGAUGGUAGACGGAGAACCUCCAUAUUUCAGUGAAACUCCCGUAGCUGCGAUGAAGAGACUGAGAGAUGAGCCAGCGCCAACUGUACGCAAUGUUCAUCAGGUGUCACCAGUACUGAAGGAUUUCCUGGACCGGAUGUUGACGCGAGAUCCACUGGAGCGAGCCAGCGCCACCGACCUCCUGGAGCAUCCGUUCCUCCUGCAAGCCAGCUCGCCACAGUGCCUGGUGCCCCUAGUGGAGCAAUACCGCAAGCGCAUGUCUCGCUGCUGAAGUUCCCUUCAUUCGCGCCCGCUCGCCAGCGCCCGCUCGUUCACACGGAGGCCCCUGAGGGCCCCACACAGUGUUAGAUGCCCUGCCGAAAAGACUGUGGCUUUGUCGAGCAGCACCUUUUUUUCUCCAGAGGAAGCAGGAUUUAGGUGUUUGUUUGGUGAGAAAUGAACUGUAUAAACUCGGACAACCGUUUUCUUCUCAAAGAGGUCUUCUUGGUUGAAAUGGGAAUGUUUUCAAACGUUUAUGUUUUCCAAAGUAUGCAAGAGCGCUUUCGGUGGAGGAAAGUGUGGAUGAGGUGUAAACAUUGCAAAAAACAAUGCGUGUUGAAAUGAAAACUGAGUAAUGUGGAUGUGGCCUCAGACUCAUAUGGAACCUAAUGUAAGACUAACGCAAAAUGAGAAUAAUAGUAAUUUACAAGUUCUAUACAUUGCCCAGCCCUUCGUGUUUUCAUUUAUUAACUAUUUUGUCAUAUUUGAUGCCGCUUUGAGUAAUAAUAAGUUUAACAAAUUUUUACUAUACUUAACGACCCAUAAAUGACCCCCAUUGUGGCUUUAAGUUCAUAUUUGUCAGUUUUGAGGUCAUCCAUAUGCUAGUGCACUCCUAAACAUUUGCUAAAUUAACUUUAAGCAGAUUUACACAUUUAAAGGAAUAGUUCACCCAAAAAUGAAAAUUCAGUCAGUGUUUACUUUUCUUUAUGUCAUUCCCAACCCCUAAGCUGUUAUUUUCCUGUGCAACACAAAAGGAGAUGUUUUUAAUAAUCUUCACAUAGGUCUUUCUUUUCCAUUGUGAGCACGGGCUGUUGAGCACCAAAAACGAUAAAAGUAGUCCAUAAAAGUAGUCCAUACCAGGGGUUUUCAAACUUUUUGAUGCUAAGGACCCCCAGUUUGAGAAAAAUACUAAAUGUGACAUAAUCAAGACAUUAAAAAUUAAAUAACUGUCUUUUAUAUUGUGGUUGUAUUAAAGCAAAUUAAUUAUUAAUCUUUUAUAUGGACAAUAUGUAUAAUAAGUUUUUCUUUGUCUUCUAAAUUUAUUUGUAUAAUACUUUUCACAAUAAAUACUGUAGUUUCGAAGCAACUUUAUAGAUAAUAGUGAAUUACGAGCCCCUAUUUCUUAAUGAAAAAAAAAAAGUCAUAAUAUUUUAAAUUAUGUUUAAAUUACAGAUUUUUUUUUUUUUUAACUUUUUAAAAUGAUGGCUGUCAUUGGAACAAAAUAAUCAUAAUUAAUCUCAUGAUUUCAGAAUGAAACGGCAAUAAUUUUUAAUAAUUUUUUUUUACACUUUAUUUUGUUUUCACUGAAAUUCUUCACAGACCCCAUGUGGCCCCAUGGGGGGUCUCUGGCCCCUGUUUGAAAACCCCUGGUCCACAUGACUCAACUUUUGAAUCAAAUAUGGUGCCUAUGGGGCACAGGUUGACAUCUGAUAUUAUUGAUGUUCAACUUGCAUUUUACUGGAAAAAUACGCCAACAUACGGAGGAAACGUGCCCUUGCCAAGCCAUUUUUAAAAUCUAUUUAGCUGAUUUCCCUGCUGUACCAGCACUGAAAAUGUAAAAAGUCUGCAGAUCCUGCGUGGGCUUGAAAGAGAUUUUACGGCACAGUAACCAUAUAUUUAGACUGUUUUAACCACAGGAAAUCAAUGCUUAAGACUGGCUUGCAUGGCUGAACCGUGGCACACUUCGCUUGAAUCUUAAUUUAAGGAAAGGAAAAGUUUUCAGAAACAAUGGCAAAACUGAUGUCAUUUGUUUUCUGCUCUAUCAGGUGUGAAAGGUUUGUAUGAGCCAUUGUAACCAAUUGUACAUAUUUUAAUGACUUUUUUAAUGGAAUGAGCACCUGCUUUUCAAAAGGGUGCUGUGAAUGGUUUGUAAACUGUGUAAAUAUUGCACCUGAGCUUGAAAGGUUAUUCUUUCUAAAAACUGCUCCGAUUUUAAAUCAGCUACUGUAAAAGUGUCAGGCGAACAAAUAAUGUACAUAAUCAUAUCAGGGGAAAACCCCGUAUUUGCAUUAAAUUGCAUUGUUAUUUAAUUAUGAGAGAUGAAAUCAAAAUAUUGUUUUAUUUAUUUUUUGUUUAUUGGUGUGUUUACACUUUGGAUUCAGUGUUCAUUGUGAUAUUUCUGCAUCCUGUUGUACUGUGACAUUUCCAGAAUUCUUAUAUUGUAAUACAACUUUAGAAGAGAGAGAGAGAGAGAGAGACCGUUUUUAAGGGCCGUUCACACAGUAUGCAUCCCUAACUAUGGCUGUUUGUGAUUUUGUGAUUUGAGAGCAGUGAAUACUAACUUCGGCUACCGUGUGGCUUUAAAACUGACUUGAAAUAUAGUGCACAAAUACUACUUUUAUACAAUUUUUUUUUGUCCUAUUUGAGCUUUACAGCCACAACAUUUCAAGUUAAAAGUAGUUUCAAAAAUGUUUCUCGAGACCGCUCCCUUCUAUUAACGUCUGUUGCGCUGUGCAGCCGUUUUGCAAGGAUGCGUUCUGUGUGAACGGCCCCUUAUAGUUUGCACAGCUCUGUGUAUGACACUGAAAUGAUCAGAGCAGCUGAGAACACACGACUCAUCUCACCUUCUUGCCACAACAUGUUUUGUGUGCUUGUGUUUGUAUGUUUGUUGUUCAUGAAAAGAGAAAUAUACAUUAAUUUUUUUAAUGAAUAAAUCCUGCAUAUAAAAAAAACUCACUUGAAAUCAAGA